AUGGAAACGCGGGUGAUCACCGAACUUUGCCCUGUGCAGACACUGGGCUGCAACCUGUUGGUGGCGGUGGUGCUGCCAGGUAACUUUAGCUUGUUGGCCAUGCGCUGCAGACUGUGGCAAAUACCCACCACACGCUGCCCAUGGACACUCCCUCUUAAUUUAGAGCGUGUGCGUACAGAGACAGCUGCGCGCAGCACAGAUGAAUAG